AAUGGUUCCCACUGCUGAAACGUACAAGCUCUGAGAAACUCUCCUCACCAAAAGAUAUUUAGCUCUGUGGACUAUCUCAGGGGGUAACAUGCUUCUGGUGGGCCGGCAUGCUUUUUAAUAAGAUAUUAAUGUUAAAGAAGAUCUUGACUCGUCAACAAGGAUGGUUAUAAAUCUUUGUCUUCCUCAGUUUCGCCCUAGAGUGGUGUGUAAUAAGAUUAGUGCAGAUGGCUAUGAAGUGGAAAAUCUCAUCUCCGAAGAUCCGAGCAAAAGGAAUCGUGGCUUCCGUUGUGAAUAUUUUAUUAGACCUCCUGUGCAUGUGACCAUCACUUUUCCUUGUACCGUUGAGAUAUGUAGGAUUAAUAUAGAUACUUCCCAUGGAGGGCAGCAUCACUUCUCUGGGAUAGACCUCUAUACCUCUUUAUCCUCUACUAGAUCCUCCUGGAACACUCCGGAUCCAAACCAGCCUGUCUUAGUGGGACACGGACCUGACAAAGAGCUGUUUAAUUUGGUGGGCAAAGUCCUGCUUAAAAAUCAAAGCAAAGCAACCUUUAAUAACAGGGCUUUUAAGCCACGACACCCAUUUAACCAAUUUGAUCGUGUGCCAACUUACCAUGGUUCAUCCUGCCAGGAUCUAUGGAAUAAAGGUCCCUCCAGUCUUGCCAGUGUUACCAGUCUUAAGAUUUGUAUAACUCAUAUUGCUGGUGGCGCCCCAUGCUGUAUUAAGAGGGUUGAGGUUUGGGGUCAGCCGGCAAAGACUUGUCCUAAGGAAAUCGUGGAAAGCCUGUACCAAAUUGCUUGCCUGAGCCUUCCCCAUGAUUCAGGACAGCAGCAGCCACCAUCGUUGCCAAUGGAAAGUAGCCACAUGUCAUCUGGCACCUCAGAAAAUAUACAACGCAGUCCAAGUGAACUUGCCAGCAUUCUCCAUAAUGUCCCUGAAGAGUUUCUGGAUCCCAUUACACUUGACAUUAUGACUUUUCCAAUGCUUCUUCCGUCAGGCAAAGUAAUUGACCAAAGCACACUAGAUAAAUGUAACCAAAGUGAAGCAACAUGGGGCCGACUGCCUAGCGACCCAUUUACUGGUGUCCCCUUUAGCCAACACUCUCAACCUGUCGCCCACCCAUCCCUGAAAGUAAGGAUAGACUAUUUCCUCUUACAGCAUAGGGUGCCUGGCUCCAAUAUUCUGGGCAGGACUCAGAUUGGGCCUUUUGUGACUCCAUCUGCUGUAGCGUUGUCUUCCAUGAAACGGAAAAUAGAAUGGAUGGAGGACAGCGCCAAUGACGGCGACAACGUAGACACUUAUUUUUCUGCUGUGAGUGGUUUCAACAGUUCUGCCUCUGAUUUCAGUGCCAAGAAGUUGAAAACAGAAAAUGAUUGUAGUCCAUCAAACAUGGAUUGUUCAACCAGUAACUCAGACACGGCAUCCCAUGAGAAAAGGUUAACACAAAGCCUGGACUACGCACUCACAACUACACUUGGAUCUAUGCCCUCGUACACUGCAAGGUUUAUGAAAGUACAUCAACUGGGAGCCUCAGGGGAGAAUGGUGGAGGAAGCUCAACCUGGAGCACCAUACCCGAAUCGAAUCGAUGUAGCGAGGGUCAAGGUUGCUCUUCUUGUGGGAGGAUAUUUUCCGCUUACUGCAAAACGGAGCUUGUGUAUCAGCUGUCGUGCGGCCACCUCAUGUGCCGGCCUUGCUUAGCGGAGAAACAAAAGUCCUUGUCUGUUCUGUGCAACAAUUGCAACAGGACCGUUGCCACGCGAGAUGUUCAGAGAGUCCACCUCUGAUUUUGCACAAUGAAUAAAGGCAUUGCCCAAGAUAUGGCUGGAACACUGCAUUCAGAUGACUGUGUUCAUGCCUACUUCAAGGAUGCAAUGCUUAACUUUAUAUCCUUUGCUGCUAAACUCCUGUGUAUUUAUUUAGGACCGGGGAGGUAGUAACCCCCACUGAUACUGCUGUUCUGCUUAAUGCUAUAGCUGUGCUAGAUGGAGGAAUUCAGUCAACCCUAUUUAUGUUUACAGUGAAUGACCCCCAGGCCCAGUUUUAAGGUGGAAAGUGUGGAGGCUAUUUUCCAGGGCUCUCAGAUCGAUACUCGCAGGUUUCACAACAUAGGCAGUAGAGGGCCUCGUUUUACCACUCUGGCCCUGAUUUCAUGUGCAAGUAAUAACAAAGCCUUUACAUUUGUGUUGGAAUAAAGUGCACUUCUACAGACGCUUAAA